AAAUGUUGCUAUUUUUUAUAAAAAAUGGCAGCCUUUAUGUCGUAAGCUUUUCUUUUCUAUUUAUUGAAAAGUUUUGUUCCGAUUUAUGAAUUUUAUAAUGAUAUUGGAUGUGAUUUUGAUGACCGAUGUGUUGUACAUUAAGGAAUAACAUACAUCUCCAACUGAAACAUAGUAUGAGCUUUGUUGUGUCGUAGACAGUAGGUGCAACUCAGAUGUUGAACGGCGGUCCCGACACGGAGACCAGCGCCCGUGCAGGCUCGCUCGACAACAAGGACAUGGCUCGCGAGGGCGGCGGGGCGGCGCGCGAGCUGGCGCGCACGCGGCGGCUGCUGUGGGGCGAGCAGGUGAAGGACGAGGUGUUCCGGCGCUGGGCGCAGGGCUUCACGUUCAGCGCCGACGAGCCCAGCGCGCUGGUGCAGGCGGAGGGCGGGCCCUGCGCCGCCAUCGCGCCCGUGCAGGCCUUCCUGCUCAAGAUACUACUCUCUGAGACCCCCGGACAUGGGUUUCAAGACUUGACUUCGGAGAAGUGCAACUCCUUGCUAGUUAGGGCCGUGUGUAUGAUAUUAAGCCAGUGUCUAGCACCUAAGUACAAUGUGGCGGUGUAUCAAAGAAAUGAACCUGAAGCGGAGACUAGCACUUCUAAUGUCAAUAGUGAAGAACAGUGCGAAGCAAUAGAACUAUUUCAUAAAAAAAUUGAAGUUCAUCCUUUGCAGACUUUAUCUGAAGUGGAAGCUUUUUACACCAGGAACAUUCGGGUCCUAAAGGAGAAGUAUGGUGUUCUGCUUCUCUUGUAUAGUGUGAUCCUCAGCAAGAGUGUGGAUGUAGUGGAAGACGAGCUCUCAGAAUUGUCAGACCCAUUAAUUCACUCUACAUAUGGCUAUGGCUCCCAGGGACUCAUCAACUUGAUGCUGACUGGGCGGGCUGUAGCACAUGUCUGGGAUCAUGAUCAGGUGGUUGGUGGCCUUCGGCUAAGAGGUAUUGAACGGCAAAAUGACAUUGGAUUUCUAACUAUUAUGGAACAUAUGCAAUAUUGCACAGUGGGAUCAUUCUAUAAAAAUCCAAAGCAUCCAGUCUGGGUUCUUGCGUCUGAAACACAUCUGACUGUCUUAUUCUCGCUGGAGCGGCGGCUGGCAGCGCCGGAGACCGCAGGAGAGUCCGCAGAGCGUAUAUUUCGGUCAUUUGACCCAGAAGGGAAUAACUUCAUACCUUCAGUGGCACUGCAAGAUGUCCUGUGUGCUGCGGAUCUCGUCAGUGAGCCAGAGUAUGUCGAUUUGAUGAGGAGGAAGCUGGACUCGGAAAAUCUUGGCAUCAUCCUGCUGAGUGCGUUCAUGGACGAGUUCUACCCGGGCUGCGAGCGCGGCGCGCCCGACACCUUCACCCUGCAGCACUACAACGGGCUGGUCCGCAGCAACGCGGGCGCGCGCGUGCGGUACCGCGCCGGCCGCGCCGCGCUGCUGGAGUGUCCACUGCACGCCGCCUCCAGCGACCCCAUGCUCACGUGCCUGCAGACCAAGUGGCCCAGCAUUGACGUGGUGUGGGACGACGGCCACUCGCCUUCGCUCAACUAGCCGGAGCCCCGCACCUAUUUCUCCUCAUCGUGCCUCUCUGUCUCUUAGCACUCCAUUACUAGAAUUGUAUGGGAUAGAUGGUGUUAUUGAUGAGAAGAGAACAGCUUUUGAUGAUGACUGAACUGGCAGUGACUACCAUUUUCAAUGGUAAAUGGGGUCAUAAUUUGUUAGUGGUAUCUGCUAAGUAUUAGUAUACAUAAUUAUUUUAUGAAGACAGAAAUUGAAUAACAAAAGCUUUUUUGUUCAUAGAGACAAACUAUACCAACUCUAUACAUACCUUAACUACCAAAUCCGCUGAUGUAUCUAAAUAUAAAAGAUAAUACUGUUAAUGGCAUUUAAAAAUUGGUUUAAAAGGCCAUGAAAAUCCAUUGUAUCUGAAUUCAGAAUGUAUAAAAUAGGGGUUGUAUUCUUUCAUAAAUUACUGUAUCAAUGGUCUGUAAUUCAUACUAGAGUUCCCUUUCUGAUUAUAGUGUUUUGAUUAUGUUUUAAAUGUAAUUUUCUUUUUCAUAAAAUUAUACUUGCACUAAAUUUUAUGUACCUAUUUCAUACUUAUGUAUAAUUGUACAAUGAUAAUGUAGUUACUAUGAUAAAUUAGACCGAUAUUAUUAUUAAUAAUAAUAAAGAACUGGUUGUAUAAACCUCAGACACAGUGCUUAGUGGACAGUGGUCAUAGGUGUAAAGACAGUGUAAAGUAAUGUUAGGCUCAUGGCUGGUUGUUAAAUUAGUUGUGACAUGCAGGCACUAGGCACCUUGUGGCGUGGCCUGGAGCCUGCUAGCACCCGGCACUUGCGGUGCGACGGCUGCUGUCAGCAUCAGUCAUAGGGGUGUAUUGUACUCUAUUAUAUCAUUGAUACUUUUUACCAAAAUUGUAAAAAUAUUGUUAGGAAAUUUAGCUCUUACAUUUACUUUCUGUUAGAACUGAUUGGUUGAUUCCUUUUAUUGCCAUUCCAGAGGCAUGAUUUUGUAUGUUAAUUGUAAUAUUUUGUCAGGUUCGUGUAAAAUUGCUGCACAUUUAUUUAGCAUAUCUAUCUCUUAAAAAUAUAACUUAUGAUUGAAAAGGUAUUUUCAGUUAGUCAUAAAUAGUGUAACAUGCUUUUUUAAAUUA